CUCUUCCACAAAGAGGAAAUUAUAUAUUCUCAAGUUGAAGGCUUUAUUACAUUAUGAUUAGUUUGAGUAAAAGAAUUGGGCAAUUCAUUUUCAAAAAUAUUAGUUUCCAUACUUGGCCUCAAAAGAACUAUACCCCACGUAGAGUUAAGGAUAUAAUUUAAGGUUUUUCGAAGAAGGAAAAUCUGAUAAAAUAUUCAAUCUUCUUAAAAAUCCUGAUACCAAUCUACUACUUAUCCCAAAAUUCAUAAGUGAAUUAGAUGCCUUGGGAUUGAAAGAUGAUGAUCCUCGAUUAGAACAAAUGUUUAAUAAAAUUGAGGAACAGAAGAAAAUAGAUGGCUCAAAUUUUUAUAACGGUGUCACUGUAGAAAAGUUCAAAGAGAUAACCCAGUCAAAUAUUCGACUAAUAACCAGUGCUUUUGAAAGUGAACUAGUCGUUCCAAAUUGGACAGAAUUUCAGAAAGAUAUUGGCGAACUUUUUACAAAGUGUAAAGCAAAUGAAGAAGGAGCAGUAGCAACAUAUAUUCCUCAACUUGGACAAGUGGAUCCAAAAAAUUGGGCUCUUAGCAUAUGUACGGUUGAUGGUCAGAGAUUCAACUUAGGCAAUUUCAAAGAGUAUUUUACAAUACAAUCAGUUUCUAAGCCAUUCACUUAUGCAAUUGCUUUAGACAACUUAGGAGAAGAAGCUGUUCAUAGAUAUGUUGGUAAAGAACCUAGUGGACGCAUGUUUAACGAGUUGAUUUUGAAUCAUGAGAACAAACCCCACAAUCCAAUGAUCAAUCCAGGAGCAAUUGUUGUAUGUUCUCUAAUACAUAGUAUGGUGCAAAGUUUUGGUGGUAAACCAAGUUUGGUGUUUGAAAACACCAAAAAUUAUUUUGAUAAAUUAGGUGGAGUUCUCCAUGUUGGGUUCAACACAUCGGUGUACAUAUCAGAACAAGAAGCCGCAGACAGAAAUUAUGCUAUCUCCUUCUACCUCAAGGAACACAAAUGUUUUCCACCCGAAUCAAGAUUAGGUGAUACUUUGAAAUUCUAUUUCAGGUGCUGUUCACUAGAAGUCAAUACAAAUAUUUUGGCAUUGAUGGGAGCCACGCUUGCAAAUUCUGGUAUUAAUCCAAUAACAUCGGAGCGUAUCUUCAAAGCCAGCAGUGUUAAGAAUACCCUUUCUCUAAUGUACAGUUGUGGCAUGUACGAUUACUCUGGCGAAUUUGCUUUUGAAGUUGGACUGCCUGGAAAAUCAGGAGUGAGUGGAGCAAUGGUAAUUGCCAUUCCAGAUGUUAUGGGAAUAGGAUUAUGGUCGCCUAAAUUAUGUAGACUUGGAAAUAGUAUAAGAGGCAUACAAUUUUGCAAGGAACUAGUGAAACAAUAUCCUUAUCAUCAAUAUGACAAUCAAAGAAUCUUCCCAGAUCAUGCUGAUAGAAGAAAGGUAAUAUCUGAAAGUGACAAAAACAUCAUGACUACUUUCGAGAUACUGAGUGCAGCAGCUGGUGGUCAUCUGCACACUCUUAAAAAAUUUUAUCUCUAUGGGAUCAACUUAGGAUUAAAAGACUAUGAUGGCAGAACUGCUUUACAUUUGGCUGCUGCUGAAGGUCAUUUAAAUUGUGUGGACUUUUUACUCAAUUAUGCUCAGGUUAAGAUGGAUACGGCAGAUAGAUGGGGUCAAACACCACUCAUGGUUGCUCAGACCAAUAAUCAAACAAAUAUUGUUAGUUUUCUCAAGUCUUAUAAACCUACUGAUAAAAAAAUUGAUAACAAAAAAAAAACAACUAAAAAUGUCGGGGUGAAUAUUCCUUCAGAUGAACCAGAUUUUAAUCCACUGGAUCUUCAUCAAAGACCAAGUGAUAAACCAAAAAAAGAUGAUGGUACUUGAAUUAAAGCAAAAACUGUAAUAUAACGUUGAAAGAGAAGAAUAUUGUAAGAUGAAGAAAUUCGAAUGUUCUAGUUAGUAACACACCUCAUUAUGUCUGUCACUUAUAGAUCAAAUAAAAAUUACACAUACAAAUUCAAUAAUAGAAAAGACUUUAUUGCAACAAAUAAAUUAACUAUAUGACAAUGAAAACAAAACUAUUGAGUAAAGAAUAAUCAUUGAAUAACAAAAAAUGAAAAUGAUUCUAGAUAAUACUACCUAAGGAAUUGAAGGCUACAAAUUACUUAGUCUUUUUUUUCACAGUUAAAGAGCAUGCCACUUCAUAAAACAAUGAGAAUUUU